ACGCGCCGUUAUUGAUAGCUACAUUUUAGUCAAAUUAGAAAUUAAAAUUAAUAAUCGUCACCUUUUACUUUUAAACUCUGUACUUUAUAAUGUUUCUAGGGCGAUUUUUUCAGACGAUUGAUAAACGUGCGAAGGAUAAUUGUUUUUUAAAACAGUUUAGGAGAAAAGUUUUGGAAAAAGAAAAAAAGUACGCGAAGUCAGUAUUUUUAUUGACUAAUGUUGUCCAGGGUAAAAAUGCAGCGGCGGUCACGUGAGGUUAGUUUGACGCUGUUCCUUUUCAAUUAGGGGCAAAAGAAUUACUGGACGUAUUGAAGGUUAUGUGGAGGCAUUGAUUUAUUGUUUACCCUGAGAUUGUUACUUUGAGUGGAAGUUUCCAAACCAGCGAACAUGGGGAAGGGUUUUAAUAAUUAUAUGUGCAAGAAAUUCUUCCACCCAGCCUCCAGGGAUAAUCUCAAGCGGGUAUGGAUGGCUGAGCAACAGGCUGAGGCUUACAAGAAGAAGCAAGAGGAAUUGCGUGUUCAGUAUGAGAAGGAACAAGAUCUGCAUAAUAAUAAAGCUUUACUCAGUAAGGAAAGCAAGGACAAGCUCAGUGUAAACUUUAUGUACGAACCACCUCCAGGAGCAAAAAAGGAAAGAGAGAAGGAGGACAACGAACCUGAAUAUAAGUUUGAAUGGCAGCGCAAAUAUAAUGCUCCUCGGGAGAGUUAUUGCAAGGGUGACAGUGAAAUACGGGACCAGCCGUUUGGUAUUCAAGUACGCAAUGUCCGCUGCAUUAAAUGUCACAAAUGGGGCCACAUUAAUACAGACAAGGAAUGCCCAUUAUAUAGCCAAGCAAUGAGCGUGGUGAUGGCAAAUAAUGUACAGACUCCGCCAGCACCAGAUGCUUUAACGUUAGUACAACAGAUGAGAGAAGACGGCCUGGCUCUGAAAAAGUCUGCUCUCACUGCCCAACAGCAUUUACGAGUGCCUGAACAUGAGGAUUUAAUGGUUUCGGAAGAUGAAGAGCAGUCCGAAGUGACGUUCUUGAAGUCCUUGUCAAAAAAGGAGAAGAAGAAAUUGCUGAAGAAAUUGGAAAAAUUAGAGAAGAAAAAACUGAAAGAGAAGAAGAAGUUGAAGAAGCGUAACAGACAGAGUGCUAGCAGCAGUGGUACCGAUUCAGAUGAUUCCUCCUCUGAGGAAGAAAAACGAAAGUCCAAAAAGAAAUCUAAAUCCAAACGUGAACGCAGCGAAUCUCCUGAUUCAGACCAUAAGGACAAAAAGAGAGCAAAGAAGAAUCACAAGGAGAGAAAGCAGACAUCAAAAGAUGAAGACGAACAUCACACGGAUCGUCGGAAGAAGGAUGAAAAAGAGAAUGAAAAAUAUAAAAGCACCAAGGACAGAAAUCAAACCAAUGGAAGGAAAAGAAAGUCCAGCGAAUCAGACACCGAACAGAGACACAAGAGAAAGUAUGAAAAGUCCAGAAAACAUUCUCAUCAUUGAUUUCCUACCGAGUGUCAUCUGCGAUGGCAAAAGCACAAAAAUUAUGUAAGUACAUCAUUGGCUGGUGAAAAUGAAUUUUAUCCGGAGACAGAAAAUAUAGUUACCCAAACUACGAUUAGUUAAACGUAACUAUAGCCUUUUCGUAAUGUUUAUCAAAUUUCGCAUCGGUAAAUAUGUUGUAAAAAUGUGUCGUUCCUAAUCUAACCACAUUAAAUUGGCAUAUGUAUAUUAGUCAGGGCCUAUAUUUUCCUCAUUGAAAACGAAAAGGGAUAGGCGAAUGUACAGUAUGUAGUUCGACCGAGUAGAUAUCAUGUAUAAGUACUUAGAACUUUAUUGGAAAGGUGAACGUAAAUGAUUUAAAAUUUACUUGAGAUAGCGAACAACCACACACGAGUCUUCCGUUGUAAGUUAAAUUCUGAGGCGGAUGCACGCAAAGUGAUCUGUACAAAUCUUGGAAAUACUUGCCAAAGAAAAAAUGUACUUAGGUGUAGUUACAUGUAAAAUAGUUUUUAAUUAGCAUUACAAUAAUGGAAAUGAAAUCGUCAUACUUAUGGACAUAAUUAACAGAGUAACGGGUACAUUCGUUUUCUUUUUGUGAAUCAGAAGUGAGGGUGCUCAUCUCCAUAAUGAAUAUUUUUAACUCAAUCAUCCUGGCUGAUUUUACCAAUUAAUAGGACAUCGGUAGGUUUGCAUUAACGCUUUAAAAAUAUGAGGGGGAACUUAAUUUACGAUCUAACGCGUUAUUUAUUUCUUAUAUGUCGAAUUGAACUCGCAAUAACGAAUUUUUACUGCGAGCCUGGUAAAGCACCUCGCAUGGCAAAACUUAACAAAAUGUGAAUACGGUGUGCUAUGGUCUGGCUUUAACUAUUUAUUGUAGUAAUCUUAUAAUCGAUCACUAAUGUUACAAUAUAAAGGUUUUACUAUA